CAGUACUUCGGUCGAAUUGACCUUCAGGCAAUACGACGCCACAUAUACGUCUUUUAAAGCAUAUAAGGACAGAGAUACUGAUGUGGUUGAUGGCCUCUAUCCACUACGAGCCACGCUAUUCCAUACUGUCUGACAUACGACAUGCGUCUUCUCGCUCCAUCUCUGCUCUUUUCAGCUGCAGUAGCAUCGCCUCUGAUUGAGCGUGCAGCUAAGCCUAUUUAUUGGCUUCUUGCAGGAGACUCGACGACGGCACCUGGUGGUGGCUGGGGAGAUGGUUUCUUGAGCACGACCGUCGCUUCAGGUUCCACUGGUCACAACUAUGGACACAGCGGUGCUACGACUGCUUCAUUCCGUGCGGGCGGCGACUGGGGCAAGGUCAUCACGGAUAUCGGGACAUACAAGUCCAAAUACGAUGUUUACACUACGAUUCAAUUCGGCCACAACGACCAGAAGGAGACCUCCGGCGUCACUCUCGACCAAUACAAAGCGAAUCUAUUGAAGUUCGCUCAGGAAGUCACCAGCGCGGGCGGUCAACCCAUCCUCGUAACUCCCUUGACUCGCCGCAACUUUCAGUCAGAUGGCAAAGUGCUCGAGAACCUUGCGACGCAGCGCAACAUCACCAUACAGGUUGCUACUUCGAACAACAUCAAAUGGAUUGACCUCAACAUUGCGAGCGAGAACUACGUCAACGCUAUUGGCAAGACUGCAGCGAGCCAGUACAAUCUUGCUUCCAAUGACUGGACCCAUUUGAACACAUGGGGUGGUGUCGUGUUCGCAAGGAUUGUGAGCGACCUACUCGUUGAGAAGUACCCUUCGAACUUUCAGGCCUACACUAAGCCAAACGCGACGUUAAGUGCGUUGAUCAAGGCUGGAAAGCCUGCGUAGAAGACUGGAAAAGCAUGUAAUCAGCAAAUGGACAAUACAAAUUAUGAUGCACUUCCUACCCAUUUCACAAG